CAGUUGCGCUCAUACACGUGAAUCCAAACAUACAUCCCGAACCUUAACCUAGCCCAUUAGCCCCGCCAGCCGCAAUCGCCGAGACGAGAAGAGAGUGAUCUUCUGCUGCUUGGUUCACAGGCAUCGUACACCUGCAGAUCGGCGAGUAGUGUGAGCUGAAAAGCUGGAAGCUAUCCUGCCAUUCCGUUAGACGGAGCUAAACCGCAUAAUGCCUGGUCGUUGUGUUAUGUUGCUAGUGGUACUGGCGACCAUCGCAAUACCGCAGCACGUGGUGGAGUCAUAUGAUCCGACGGACACGCAAAUUCCCAACAUUGUGCCACCGAAUGGUACCUUCGAAGCGUUCUAUCCACGCGAGAUGUACGGUGUAAAGAAUGGGAAUUCACGGCCAGCCCACGCGCACGGUAGCUUCUACGCCCACCGCAACCCAGCCCUGGUAGAGGUGCGGAAUGCAGCCGCAUACGGAUUUCGGUUCGAUGGAAAACGCCGGUUCAACUUCGACUAGAAUUGUCAUCUGUUCCACCCGUUCCUGGAAUCGAAAUUGAUGAAGAGACCGUGCUGAAGGUAUGAACCGCGUAGUUUAAGAUGCAUGCAACUAUCAGCAAUCUUGAAUAAAAUGAAUUAAAGCUGUUUUGU